AGAGUUCGAUCCGGCCCAGUAAACAUGUGGCCCGGCCGGUGCCGAGGCUGACACCCGUCAUUCUUCUUUAGGGCAUCGUCUACUUGGGAAUACGUCCGUCGUGCGCCAUCUCUCGCCUUCGAUUCCAUCAGCCGAACGGCGAUUCUCUCUUCUGUGAUCCAGUAAGAGGCGAUGAUUAGAAAUAUUUUGAACAACACAUGGAGGAAAGGAAGCCAUGCAAUGGAUUAUGGAGAUAGGACUCUUUCAUUUGUUUGUCGGCGUUGUUUCCAUGAUGGAAAGGUCCUCAGUGGCCCUAGAAGUUUCUUUGGUGUGGAAGAUUUCUUGGAUGAUGACAACAGCAGACCAUACACAUACAAGAAGGAAAAGAGACCAAAGAGCCCACAUAAACAUAUUUCAUUCAAGCAGCGUACAAUAGCUUAUAUGGAGCCCUUCUCGCUUGAUGUCUACAUAUCCAAGCGGUUUGUCUCAGCUUCCGUCACCCAUAGGGUGACAUGCAAGCAGGUUGCAGUUGCAGGAACCAACUCCAAGGAUAUAAAGGCAGUUUUAAAGUCGAGAUCUGAUAUACCUGCAUGCUUAGCGGUUGGGCGGUUCUUAGCAGAGAGGGCAAAAGAAGCUGAUGUAUACACUUGUACUUACACUCCCAGGGAAAGGGACAAGUUUGAAGGGAAAAUAAGAGCUGUUGUUCAGUCUCUCAUAGACAAUGGAAUCGACGUAAAAGUUUAUCUCGAUUGAUAUUUAAUGUGCUCGAGUACUCGAUGACUGUUUUUCGGGUCAAAAUUCCGAGAAUUCUGGGUAUCAAUUUAUCUUCAAUGAGAAUUUGGAGGUCCAAUUUUUUGUUC